GUGAGCGGCACUGGUGUGAGUGGAUGAACAGCCUGAGGGCACGUAACAUCUGGGCGGGGCAGCGGGGACAGCGGCUGUGUGUAAACCUAUGGUGUAAACACCGGGUUUCAUCCGGGGCAGGAGGGGACGAGGCUCUCUGCCCGAUCACAGCGGCUCGGCUCGGCUCAGAUGCGCAGCGGCCCGACGCAGCAGCAGCAGCAGCGGAGGAGAAGAAGAAGAAGAAGGAGGAGGAGGAGGAGGAGGUCUGGAGGCUGCUGGUGAAUUACAAUUGGGAUACGAGGCUACAAUGAACCAGAGGGGUUUUCACCACCGCGCGGUUUAGUCAUUAAUCGCCGUCUUCUCUGGGAUGGUUUCCUCCUGUGGUCCGACGCGGGGAUGAUUUUUCUCGGCUUGGUUUUGCCACAGAGGACCGCGGAGACCUCGGAAGGCAUCGGUCAUGCUCCCCGGAUCUGUCUCUAGAUUCCUGAGCUGAGCUGCACUGGAUCCCCCCGAUGCUACCUGGCGUAAUCAGAUCUAGGAGACACCCAUGUUUAUCUACUAUUGACUUCUUGGAAAUGCAACUACUGACUCUCCACCUAAAGUCAACACAUGGCUGAAACUGCAAGGUGAGGGUGUGGUUGGGAGCGUGAGUCCUCAGAAUUACAUCACAUGGAGGUCAAAGGACAUCUGAUCACAUCAAUGGGUUUGGGGGCUCCUGAUGUUCAAGGCAGCCAGGACAACAAGCUGCAGGCUGAGAGGAUUUCAGCUCUGCAAGAGAGAAAACAGGCCCUGGAGGCUCUGCUCAACACCAGAGUGGGAGAGCUCAAACAUGUCUGUCUGCAGGAAGCAGAGCUGACUGGAAAGUUGCCAUGUACUUUCCCCCUGGAGACUGGAGAGAAACCCCCGCUGGUGCAGCGCAGAGCUGGCCUGGGGCCCAACACCAAGGCAGAGGAUGAGGCUGCCCAAAGAAAGCAGAUGAAAGCCAUCUUCACUGGUGCUCUGUACAGACACUCGGAAUCAGACAGAAAUGUCCCAAAUAGCAAGAGGACAGUUCAUCGAGGGUGUCACACAGAGGACACAGUGAUGUCAGAGAGUACAAGCUCCAUGUCAGAUUCAACAUCCCAUGACAAUGAGUCUUCUCCCAGCGUGGCCACUGACCAGCGCUCUCUGUCUCAGCCCCGGCUCACUGUGGGCAGCCCCGACCACCGCAUCAGCAGGAAACUGUCUCCAGUAGAGAUUUACUAUGAGAUGAGGACACGUCGCAACUCUGUCACAAGCUCUGUCAGCCCAACUCACUCUUUACCGAGAAGUGCAUCUAACGUUGAAGGUAGAAGUGUUCCAGCGACUCCUCUUUUGGCGCGAACUGCUCCAAUCAGUGUUCAUGUCAGGUCGGAUGCGUCAGGGGGUAAUGGUUUGAAGCAGUGGUCUGGCAGCCUGGAUGUGCCAUACAUGAUUCCACUGGCACAGGAGGGCUCUUCUUCUGACCGCCGAAGCUGCCCAUACAGCUCCCGGGCCAGGCGCAGUAACAGCUCAGAGGCCCUGUUGGAUAGGUCGAGCCUCCCUGAUGACCCAGCACCCAGAAACGGGAUGCCCCCCAGAGGAGGGCCUUACAAGAGCUCAGAGACACUGACUGAUGGCAAGCUGCGACAGAUUCACUUCGGCAGCCCUGAGAGACAUGUGGACGGUUCUGUGGAUCAGGCCAAAAUGCGUCUCUCCAUGGGCGGCAGAGGGGCAGGGGGAGGCUACAAUGAGCUACUCAUGGACUAUAUCUGGGGGAAACAGCAGAGGUUGCAAGUGCAGCAGCAGUUGUACCAGUCCACAGGCAGGAUCUGGCAGGACAUACCCUCUCCUCGUUCCUCCACAGCAGUGGUUCCUCCCCAUGCCAAUGGUUUUUCUCAUUCCCAGGUGCAUCUCCCCAGCGCUGCACCUCCUUACAGCCCCAUGGUCCUCCGAGGGUCACAAGCUGAGCUGCGCAGGGUCAAAGUCACCAGAACAAAAUCUUGUGGACCUUUUAUUCCUUUGCAGCAACAUUCCCAGGAUGGAAUACUAUUGUCAGCAUAUGAGUCUCCCCUUCCUGCCUCUGGCACCACCACAUCUUCCAUCCCCAACCUGCACCCUUACCAGACUGAGCUGUCUGGCCCCUCCUUCAGUCGCAGAGCCCCACAGUUCUCUCUCCCGACACCAGAAGACUCAACUAGAAGCCUGCAUAAAGCCCUGGCUCUGGAAGGACUGAGGGACUGGUACCUGAGGAACGCUCUUGGUUAUCCACCGGCCGCCUCAAAGGGUCACGAGACGGGUAUCUCUCGCCUCUCACACCCCCACCCGUUGGUGCACCAGGCUCAGUCUGUCCAAGGUGAAGCAGCCAACCUCAACAGGCCUCAGAUACCCCAGUCAGCCAGCUUCCACGGUAUCCCAAUGCAUGGAAGGUCGAUGGAGUUUUCUCUCUAUCAGGAGACUCCUCAACAACAGAUGCAAGAGGUGACCCCAAAGGAACCGAGUGCAGACCCAGGCACCCUAGUCUGACGCAGCAGAACACACACACACACACACACACACACACACACACACACACACACACACACACACACACACACACACACACACACAAAGUACAGUAUAUCAUGAGCAAAAACACUGUAGCCUCACACUCACUUACACAGACAAAUUGAUACAAUGUGACCUCAAUUGCAAAGCAAAACAUGGCGACCUCAGCAGAAAGAGACUGUAGUAAAUGACAAACUGUAGCUGUGCAGUGUGAAAAAGCCUUGGCAAGUUCCCCGUCUUACAACUGAUUCCACCAGUAUGAAAUUAAACCCAGUGUUCUCAUGCGGAUGUACGCUGGUGUUACAGAUUAUCUACCAACAAUAUGGUUAUGCUGUUCUACAUAUAUCGACAUUUCUGGUCCAACACAAGCAGUGAAUCCUUCCUUAUAAACCCUGAAAAGUCUCCUGAGAUAUACUUUUUUACAGAAUAUAUACAGUCUAAAUCACUAUUUUGUAUCUUCUGAGAUAUAAAGAACAGUUAUAUUAAAGAGGUAAUUUAUUUCUCAUUAAUCGUGUGAUGUAUAAAGAUGUUAUAUGAGCUCACGUCAUCUCAAAACUAUUAAUACAUGCCGGUGAAUGUGUGUUUGUAAACUAUACAAAACGCAAAAAACAUACUUCAGUCCUCAUCUGUUGUUACUUUCACAGCCAUUUGUAUUUUUCAUGUUUGAUAAAUGAAACGGGCCAUGAACUAUAGCAUAACUGAUGUAGCAGGACGGGAGUGCCUAAAAAGUUUUAAUAUCAAAACUAAACCAUGGUUGGAAAACUUUAAAGUGCUUUCUAAUAAUCUGAAAUGCUAGCAUUAAGCCUCUGUGAUUAGCCUAUCACGAUGUGAAAGCAGUUCACGAUGUCAGAGUGGGGGUGUUUGGAAUGAUGUCAUAUAUUGUGAUUUUUUUCUGUUUUUGUUUUCUAGAUUCAGCUCGAUGCUGGCUGAUAAAUGUAGCUUUCUCUGUGCUGACCUUCCACCAAAAAGAAAAAUUAGACCAAUUUCAGGAAAAACCUGAGGGCUGUAAUGAGACCUACUGUAUGGCAGUAGCACAUGACUGUAUGACGAUAAUUUACUCAUAUCAAAUUAUAUUUUUCUGCAUUUACUUGUGGAGGAUUUGAGCAUCAUACAGAGCACUUUAUGAACAUCUUAAGCCUUAAUUCCUUAUGAAAUUGUCCCCAUGAGAGAUGACCGGCAGUAGGAAGGUGAAGACAGGGGUUAUAAAGGGGCUAGUGAGUUUUGUCAGCAUCUGCUGAAGGUCUAUUGGAGUGUUAGUCUGUAUAUAGCGUGGAUUGUACUGAUGAGUUUCAAGCUGAUAUUUUAUUCCCAUACUAAUAUUGUAAUUUUCAAACUAACCCACAAAAUACAUAUUUAAUCACAAUAACCUCCCCCUAUCCUUCCACCCCCAAGUGAGCACUAUUUAAUUGGUUGUAAAAAAGUGAGGUUGAUGGUGUGGAGAGAAUAGAACUGCUGCAGUAUUGAAUGACGGUGUGAGCAGGUCUCAUACCAGUACAUUUGUUUAUGAGAGUUCAUGCUUGCUGACUUUUGUAUUUGUAAUGAUUUUGACUCAUUUCAUAUGUUUGUUUUUUGUGCUGUUUCAAAAAAAAAUUAACAAUACCAAUUUUUAAAAAUCUGAGUAGUAGGUCAUAAUAUAUUUUAAGAGUCUUACGGUCUUGGUAGCCUCAUUGUAAAAUUGAGAGAAAUUGGUUCAAGAAACAAAAUCUUCAAGGAAACUGAAAAUAUUUAUCUCGAUGUAAACAGAACGUACACAUUAAGCAUUUUUUUUCCCCCUUUUAAUGUACUUGAUCUUUGGACAUUUAGGGCCCAUUUGAAUGUAGUUCUUAAUGUGUAUCAUAUGUGAUGUUUUCUACUGUUGCAUUCACUGUAGCACAGCACAGAAUGUGACCUGGUUUCUUCUGCUGCCCGAUGUGUUCACAUCCUCUCAUUAUCCAGAUUCAUAGAGCUUCUUCCAGCUGGUGAAAACCUGAAAUCAAAGACCAAACUGCUGUGCACUGGGGGUCGUAAAUGUAUUUUUCAUAUAAUGUACUCUGUAAGUUUAAAAUAAAUUAUAUAAAUUUAGCUCUGAAGCAAAUUUAUUCAAACUAUACUAUAUUUAAUAACAUAUAACAUUUUGUAGCUAUCUACUGUAGCUCUUCCUCAUCAGUGCGGGAAUCGGUAAUCUGUGUUUCAAAACAUUUCAUCAGCAGUGUGACGUGUCAAUAUUUGAUUAUUCCGAUUUUUUUUUUAAAGAUACUUAAGUGCAGCUGUUUACUUUUUCACUCCUCUUUAUAACUAGACCUAUGGAAUAUGACUAAAUGGGUCUGUCCUAUACUGUAUGUAUGAGAUUGUGCAUUCAUUCUACUAAAUAAAGUGUCAUGUUGAAAUCAA